CAUCGAGCCCUCCAAGCCGCGCACACCAUUUAUUUUGUUUUUCAACUCUCUUCGUUCCUUCUUUGCUUUUGUCAAGUCCUUCCUUCAAGCCACCCUACCGAUUCAUGCUAUAAAAGCCCUAUCCCGCCACCUCAUCCCAGCUGCCAGCCCAAGACCACACCCCUCUCAUCCCACUUUGUAACCAUGGCGUCAAAAUCAGCCAGUGCCGGUGGCUUCGCGCCGGUCCUAUCUGCCUUGACGACUAUGCAGAGCAAUGUUGCAGGAAAAGAAAAGACCGAGGCACACGAGUUCCUUGAAAAGUUCCAGAAAUCGUCCGAAGCAUGGAAUACGACACAUGCAAUUCUGCAGGAUUCGUCGGUACCUGUAGAGGCCAGACUUUUUGCUGCUACGACCCUGAAGGGCAAGAUUAUUUAUGAUCUUCAUCAGCUGCCUGCAGAGGCUCUUACGCCACUUCGAGAUUCACUCUUGUCCCUCCUCCAACUCUAUCUCGCUGGACCGAGACCGAUCCGGACGCAAUUAUGCAUAUGUCUUGCAAGUUUGGCAAUCCAGUUGACUUCGUGGAAGGACGUUUUGAGUACGGUGGGCACAGCGGUUGGCAAUAGUAGUGAUGGCGGAGAUUGUCUACUCGACUUCUUGCGAAUCCUACCUGAAGAGGUCACGGAAGGCCGUAAAAUCAACCUUUCAGAAGAGGAACUCGCCGAUAGAACAAAGGAACUCCUUGAGGACAACUCCGCCCAGGUCUUGAAUCUCUUGGUUUCCUAUGCACAGUCAUCCACCCAGGCAGCGCACAACCCGCGGCUUUACUCUUGUAUCGCCUCCUGGCUGCGGGAAAUCCCUACAAUCGAUGUGGUAAACUCCCCGUUACUGAAUGAGAUAAUUGAUGCCAUCAACGACAAUGACUCGUUUGACUCAGCGGUUGACUGCCUGUGCACCAUGUUCAGAGAUACACGGGACGUCGACGAGUCACUAAGCGUCAUUAAAAUCCUUUAUCCCCGAAUAAUCCAGCUACGACCGAUGAUCCAGCAAAGCGCUGCCACCGAAGACAAUGAUCUGAUGAAGGGCGUCACCCGAAUCUUUGCCGAAGCUGGAGAAGCAUGGGUCGUCCUCAUCGCACGCAUGCCAACAGAGUUCCGGGACCUUGUCGAGUGCGUCCUAGAGUGCUGUAUGCGCGACAAAGAUCGCGAAGCCAUCUCCGUCACAUUUGUGUUCUGGUACGAACUUAAACAAUGUUUGACUAUCGAGAAAUACAUCUCGGCUCGGGCUUCUCUAGCAGACCUAUACUCCAAGCUCGUGGAUGUCAUGAUCAAGCACCUUGAAUUUCCGACGCCAGAAGACGGGGACGAGAAAGAUCUUUUCGACGGAGACCGAGAGCAAGAAGACAAAUUCCGGGGUUUCAGACAUAACAUGGGCGACGUUCUCAAGGAUUGCUGCGAGGUGAUCGGCGUUACACAAUGUCUUGGUAAGGCAUUUGCUCUGAUACAAACUUGGGGCCAGCAAUAUGGUUCUCAGGUGUCGGGUGCCAGUGUCCCCCAUUGGCAGGAGCUCGAAGCACCUCUUUUCAGUCUACGAGCCAUGGGCCGUAUGGUCAGCCCCGAAGAAGAAACUGUACUGCCUAACGUCAUUCCUCUCCUGACGACAGUGCCGGACCAUGAGAAACUUAAGUUCCAGGCCAUCAUGGCCUUGGCUCGAUAUACAGAAUGGACAUCACAGCAUCCAGAAACUCUUGAGGCACAGCUGAACUAUGUCAUAUCUGGAUUCAAUCACACCUCAGUGGAAGUUGUGCAGGCUGCUGCUCUUGCAUUCAGAUUUUUGGGCACAGAUUGCCAGAAAUUGCUCGGCGACCAUAUACCGCAGCUACACCACUUUUAUGAGAGUGUUAUUGACAAGCUCAAACCAUCAAGUCAAGAAGAGGUCACUGAAGGAGUCGCAGCAGUCGUGGCUGUCCAACCUGUCAACAAAAUUUACGAGACUCUAAAGAUGUUUUGUGACCCAGUCAUGAGCAGAGUUGUCUCGCUAGCUCAACAAGCUAAGGAUGAGAAUGGCGAGAAGACAGUUGCUGACUACUUAGGACUGAUGACAAUUUUCUUCGAUUGGGUACAACCAUAUGUCUCGCCUAAUGAGCCCAACCCAGCGGUCAAAUAUUGUCAAGAAAUUUUGCCAGCUUUGUCGGGCAUUGCGAAGCAUUUCACACGAUCAAUACCGAUCUUGGAACGAGUAUGCAAAUGUUGGCGGGUGAUGGUGAUAUCCUACCGCACAGCAACGGCCCCUCUCCUCCCUGCACUUGCUAGCAGUAUUGCUGAAGGAUUUGAGGCAUCCCGACAAGGAUGCUUCUUGUGGGCGACCGAUGCAGUUAUUCGAGAAUUUUCCUACGGCGCCGAGUUCGUCGACGAAGCCACUAGUGACAACGUUUUCAGAUUCUUCGCACAACAGGCAACUGUCUUCUUCAAGAUACUGACAGAGCUGCAACCCGUGGAACUGCCAGAUGUGAUUGAAGACUUCUUCCGGCUUUCAUCAGACGCCGUCAGAUUCUACCCAAACAAGUCGAUAACCUCAAACCUGUCACUUCCCAUGGUUCAGGCCUCCCUCACAGCAUUGACAUUGCAGUCAAUGGAGCCUAUCCAAGCGGCACUACAUUUUCUAAGAGAUUUCCUGGAUUUUGGCUUCGAAAAACCUCCAAUCUCAAAUUUUAAUGGCCCUGAUGGUGAGCCGACACCUGGUACGCCUCCAGAAGUACGGGAGGCGGUAAAACAGGUGCUCAACUCUACUGGCCAGCAACUUGUCCAUCGAGUUUUGACAGGCAUGAUGUUCAGCUUUCCGGAGGAUUGCUUCCCGGAUGCUUCGGGCGUAUUACUGUCCUUGUUCAACCUGGCACCAGAAACUGCGGCUCAGUGGGUUCAAGGAACACUGCAGCUCCUACCAACUGGCACUCUGAAGCCAGCCGAAGCCAAUAAGCUCAUGAAGGGCAUUAGUGACAAGUUACAGCAGAAUGAGCCGAGAAAGGUUCGUGUACUAUUGCAGGACUUCACCAAUUCUUAUCGCAGAAGGAAUGUGGCUCCACGAGAAGGGCUUGGAAGGUUGGAGGCAACAAGAUUUAGAUUUAGCGGCUGAAUAACAACGAGGUACGAGGUGUCAGGAGCUGCAUCGGGUUUGUUGAUCAAGCUCUUUCACCCCAGAUCAACCACCUUAUUGCCAUCAAAAUGCCACCUCUGGAGAUUGAAAUGUCGUCAAGCAGAUCCAGCACUUCAUGUUUUACAGACAAUCGGUCUGAUGAUUUGUUACACACACUGAUGCAACUGGGUAUAUUCUCCAACUCAGCAGCCAGAUAGCUAGCAACGAAAAUUUCCAGCCUAGGACACCAAAUAUCCGCCCAUGGCAGCAUUUCUGGGAUCUACCACGUACUGUACACCAUGUACUAGGCUCAAGUAUGGCGGUAUGCCAUAUCAUGGCCCAUAACCGCAGGCCCCUGCGGUAUAGUUAUGCAUCUCAAGUCAACACCCGAACUAGGAGUGGCAGGUGCUCGGCUGACAUCCUUGUCUCGCCACGGUGUAAUGGCUACGUGUCCGAAGAUAUCAUCACCAGUGUAUUAGUACACCGAGGAGGCAAUGGCAGAGACUGGAAGAGAGAACGUCACAAUCUUCAACCCGCUUGCUGUUGACGAUGGAGGGAGGAGGGUCAUCCACUUUUGGGGUUAUCUUGGUGGAAGAUGUUAAACGAUACAAUCCAUUUUGUCCAGCCUAGUCACAUAUACACAACACUGUAAAGCC